AUGAAAUUAGCUGGGAGGGGCUGGAGAAUAUGUCUGGGUUGGAACUUUUUAUGCGCGGGAUUCCCCAAGGGUGUGCCACCUAGGCCAGAGAGCUCCGAGGAAGUAUACGCCCUCCCGCAGCCUUAUUUACGCGACAGUCAAAUGCAGCAAGAAGAACAACCGGUGGUUACCGUUGUUGCACUGCAAGAGGAAGGCGACGCUGGCGCGCGCAGCGACCUCCACCCAGAACAACCUACAAUGGACGUAGACACUGAUAAACGCGCUACGUAUCCCAAUGUGGACUUGCCCAUUAUUCUCCCCAAAUACUAUGCCGAUGUCAACACCAAGAAGGGCCCAGACUACUGGGACUACGAGAACAUCACGCUCAUGUGGAAUGUCCCUAACAACUAUGAGAUCGUGCGAAAAAUCGGCAGGGGGAAGUACAGCGAGGUGUUUGAAGGCACCAACGUGUCCACGAAGGAGAGGAUUGUGAUCAAAAUACUCAAACCACUCAAGAAAAAGAAGAUUAAACGUGAAAUUAAGAUUCUCCAGAACCUGAGCGGCGGACCCAACAUCAUCAAACUCCUGGACAUUGUCAAGGACCCUCAGAGCAGGACGCCGUCGCUGAUAUUCGAAUAUGUCAACAACACGGAUUUCAAGAUCCUGUACCCUAUGUUGACUCUCCCCGACAUCAAGUAUUACAUGUACCAACUCCUCAAGGCAGUCGACUACGCGCACAGCCAGGGCAUCAUGCACAGGGACGUGAAGCCGCACAAUGUCAUGAUAGACCAUGAAAAGCGGCAGUUGAGGCUCAUUGACUGGGGUCUAGCAGAGUUCUAUCACCCAGAGCAGGAGUACAACGUCAGGGUCGCGAGCAGGUACUACAAGGGCCCGGAGCUGCUUGUGGACAUGAAGCUCUACGACUACAGUCUAGACGUGUGGAGCAUAGGAUGUAUGUUAGCCGGUAUGAUAUUCAAAAAGGAGCCGUUCUUCUACGGGCACGACAACUACGACCAGCUCGUCAAAAUCGCCAAAGUCUUGGGAACUGACGACCUCCACGCUUACUUCGAGAAGUACGGACUGAAGAUGGCGCCCGUGUACGAAGAGAUUCUCGGCACCUACCCUCGCAAGCCCUGGUCCAAAUUCGUUAAUGCGGAGAACCAACACCUCUGUGUCCCUGAAGCCAUCGACCUGCUCGACAAAAUGUUAGUCUACGAUCACACGAUGCGGAUCACACCCAAAGAUGCCAUGCUCCAUCCAUUCUUUAAGGAGGUUGCCGAAGAGUAA